AUGUCAAAGUCGGUUGGGAGAGAGUGUGCGGCUUUUGGUUGCUCAAAUACCUUUUAUUGCUACGAUGGAAUGCAGAGUGGCCUACAUUUUUUCAAGUUCCCUCAACAGAAUCCAGAAAAACGUGUUUGGUUUAAACGAUUUGAUGGCUUAGAUGGAUUUCGUGCUACUGCUGCUACAUGCUCGUGUCAGGAACAUUUUAGAGAAGAGGACAUAAAGCAAAAUCCUAGUCGCUGCAAGCUAGUUCCUGGUGCAGCCCCUUCUCUCGAACUAUAUCGUCUUACAACCCCGGAUGCUUCUAGCACCAGGCGCAAAGCUCCCAGAGAUCGCAAUGCCGUCCAGUUUUCUUCAAAUACUGAUGAAACUGUUUGUGCUAGCUCUUCUUCUUCACAACCUUCCCUUGACCAAAUGCCAAGUGAUGGUUAUUCGGCUCCCAUAGAGCAUGGUUACUCUUGUGAUCCAUUGGUUGAUGACCAAUUUUUAAAUAUUUUAGGAGAACGUGAUAAACUUCUUCAGGAAGUAAAAGAGUUGAAAUCAGAAGUCAUGUCCCUCAAAAACGAAAUUGUAGAUAUAAAAGAAAAAUUAUUUUCUUUGGAUAAACUGCAGAGUGAUGAUUCAGCAGUGCGAUUUUCCGGCUUUCCAAAUUAUGCCACACUCAUGGACAUAUUUAAUUACUUCAAACCAAAGCUUGAGCACAUGACAUACUGGCGUGGUUCAGCCACCUCUGUUAAUCAUGGCAAAUCUAUGACAAAGGAUUAG